GACACACGGGGGACAGACCGCAGACAUGGACACCACCACGUCCAUCAAGAUGACCACUCUGGCCAUCCAGAACCUGUUCAGCUACGUGGAGGAGGAGAACCUGGCCGCUCUCAAGGCUCACCUGGACCGCUUCAAGGAGGUGGACGGACGCAGCGACAACGGUCAGACCCCUCUGAUGCUGGCGGCGGAGCAGGGCAGUCUGGAGAUCGUCCAGGAGCUCAUCAGGAGAGGAGCCAACGUCAACCUGGACGACGUGGUGAGCCAAUCAAACGCACACACGCGGCCGCUCCCCGUUCUCAGCUCCUUCACCUCGGAUGCUGCGGUUGCUAGGAGACAGGCGGAGGACUGCUGGUCAGCGCUGAUCUCUGCAGCCAAAGAAGGUCAUGUGGAGGUGGUGAAGGAGCUGCUGGAGAACAGCGCCUACAUCGAGCACAGAGACAUG